CUUGACGUUCUGGAAUCAUCCUCCUUUGAAAACAAGCCAUUCGACAUACGUACCUAUUCACUGCGCCUCAUCACCCAGAACUGGUGCUCUGAGUGCUCACCUCGCCUCCAACCACAUACAAAACUGCAUUCUUUCAUCCUCCUUCCCUCGACUUCACCUCCACGACCCCAACAACUUCUUCUCCAACAUCACAACUCUGACCGUUGCUACAAGUACAACGUCUAUCUCUAUCCAUAUCAUCUCCACACAUAUUCAUUAUGGCGGAAGUCCAACGACAAACACCUUCCCCUAUCCAGACUAAAGAUCUCCCUCAUGAUUCCCCUCCCGUCUCAACAGCCUCCUCCCCAGGCUCAUUAUCAGCGAAACGCUCCCGCUCGCCUCUAUCGCUCGACUUGUCCUCCCUCCCACCUCUCUCACAACCCGCACCACCCUCCAAUACCCUUCUAAUCACUCGCCUCGAAAACCCUAAGAUAUUCCAUCCUGCCUCCCUCGCCACGAUAAGACAGCACAUCAACGAGCUUGCCACACUCAACUCCUUUUCCCCACUUAAGUCCCUCUGCCGCAUUAUCUGCAGUUUCUACGACACCGACUCGGCGAUCCGCGUGCGCCAGGCCAUUGACGGCACCCCUAUUCUCGGCACCAGUGUCGCAAAAUGCUACUUCGGCGAACCCACUCCGAUCGGCGAUGAGAAGAAGUACCUCGAACGCCCCGAUGCGGGACGGCUAUUCUUCAUCAGUCCGCCACCCAGUCCGCCGGUAGGUUGGGAAAUGAAGCAUGAAGACGCUCCUAACAAAGAGGUCCACGCGGGAGAUCUCGCGUCGAAGUUGAAUAAGCUCAGCGGCAAACUUAACACGUCCAUCGUCGAGUCUGGAGAGGAUGAGUCGAAGAUGCAGUACUCGGCUGAGGCGCUGCAGAAGAUGAAGGAGACCAGAGCACGCGCGUUCUCGGGUGUAUCUGCGGAUAAUUCUCCCAGUACUUCGUCGCCCGGGAAGCAUCGAAGUCGAAGCUCGACGUUGAUAUACGAUCCCAAAGCGCAUGGGGACAGUCCUGCCCUCCCGGCUGUGAUGCUCGAGACUGAGGAUGACUCGGAUAUCGAGUUGGAGGCAUCACAGAAGAAGAUCAUGGCUCAUACUACUCGACCGCCGGUGGAACUGAUGGAACUGAAGGAACACUGAUCUAAUGCUCAGCAUGUUGCAUGGUAAUUGGCGCUUGUUUGUUUUCAAGGCGUUGUGGGCUUCGAAAGCUUCAUAUGCACUCGAAUUGCAUUGCAUGGACAGGAGUUUGGGAAGAUGAUAAUUAUCCGUGAGAUCAUUCGGGUAUAUGACAAAACUAAUCCAACUUGUAUAUACAUCUCAAAUGCGGACAAUCCAUGAGGUUGACGGGAAUGUUCAGACCUGGCAAAUCCAGGAUCGACAAGAACACAAGCUGUUCUCUGUGUCCAAAAUCUAUAACAAUGCACCUCAUUUCUCAUAACGCCAAAUGAUGAUACUCCAUCCCAAUGGUUCGGGGUAACCAAACUCCCAAUGCAAAUUCUUUAAACA